GAACUAUAUGGUGAAUGAUGAUGCAACAUAAACUAAAUAUGGUGAAUAAAGGAGCAACGAGCAAUAUAAAUGACAUUGAUGAUCCCUUCUCUUGUUGAAUCUAGAGUUGCUAAUCUUUAAAUUAAGUUCAGCUUAUUCAUGUUGUUCUAUAAGAAAAACUUUUUUUUCCCCCAUCUUGUUUAUUGAAUGACUAAUUCCCCCUCCCUUAUUUGAUGACUUGACUUGAUCACAUAGUUUUUUUUUUUUUUUUUUUUUUUUUUUUGAUGGGUAGGUAGUACCGUAGUAUUUAUAUACUUCAUAUGUAUCUUGUUUAACACUGGUGCAUGAUUGAGCAAGUCUAAUUAAUAUGUCUAAAGCAUGAUUACUGUUGUUUUUAAUAAAAUACCUUCAAUAUUAAGAAUUCAUUGGAGAACAAAAAAACUACAGCCAACUUAUAUUCUUUUAAAAAUUCAACUAACUUCAAGGGUUGUGAAUAUGAGAAUUGUUGGGGGAAAUCUUCAAUGAACAAUGAUCUAGCUUGUUUGAUAGGCUGUAAUAAAAUAAAUAUAUUAAUAAAAAUAAAAGCCAUUAUAACAAAUUUAUGUACAGAAGAUUAUUUUGUAAAUAAAGUUCAUAAUUUGACAAAAAAAAAAAAAAAAAGGUUUUUCAUUUUUAAUGCUUAUAUACAAAUUUUUUAUUCAUAAACUAAUACAAAGGACUAAAAAAAUACAGAGUUUAUGCUUACAUCAUUACUUUUUAUAACAAAUUAACAACUAUCAAACAGACAGUUAAUUGUCUUGCCAUAUUAUAUUAUACAAGUAGAUAUCAUAUUUUUCCUUCCAACUACCCAUUCAUUAUUCUUCAUUUAAAGCAUCCGAUCCAUCAAUAAAAACCCAAAUAAAACAAGAUAUGGGUAUAACUAAAAAACCCAAAUCUUUCAACUACUUUUUGAAUCUAAUGAAACUUUUAUUAUUCAUUUCUUGUUUGUUCUUCACUAUUUCCAAAUCUGAAGUUAUCACAGUAGGUGGUGAGAACCGUUGGACUGAUGGUUUUGGCUAUGCUUCAUGGGCAGACAAACUCAAUUUCACUGUUGGUGAUGUUCUUGUGUUUAGUUACACAAAGGGAUCACAUAAUGUACUAGAUGUAACAAGGGCAGCAUAUCAAUCCUGUGAUAAUAGCAGUGGAGUGAAUGCUAAAUAUGAGACCGGUGAUGAUCAUAUCGAGCUCAAUGAGGCCAAGUCGUAUUGGUUUAUAUGCACGGUGGACUCGCAUUGUCGACUUGGGAUGAGAUUUGGGAUAAAUGUAUCAGCACCUGUCACAACUUCUGUUAACCAAACAGGGGACUCUUCUUCUAGGAGUAACAUUAAUGCAGGGUUUUACCUUCUUCUUGUUGGAAUUAUGUCCAUGUUAAUCUUUAUUGUAUGAUAAAAUUUUGAUUUAAUUUGUAUGAUUUUUUUUUUUUUUUUGUAAUAGAUAAAGGAUGAAGAACAACAAUGUGUAGAUUGAAUUUGGUGGAUUUUUUCUUGAAGAAAAUCUUGUAAUGAUGCUUGACUUUUUGCUUAAAUUUUAAGAGAUUGACUUAGUUAUUUUUUAUU